AUUGCUUGAUUUUUCUUUGCAGCGCUACUGUACAUCACACCAUGCCAUCCAGCAUGACCACUAGGCUUUUUCUCAAGUCUAGCAGCCUAGCUGGUAGUAGACUCCUGACAGGUCCCCUCAUCCUUCCAGGCCAGAAAUGGAUUCUUGUGCGGGGUUAUCGGCCGGAGAAGAAAAGGCAGAUCCGUGAGAGGGGCAAGGAGCAGAGGAAGACGACAGCGAGAAAGAUUUAUGAGACGUUAGAUCUACCAAGCCCCUACAACAUACCAACAAAGGAGAAGAUAGCAGACUUCCAUCCCAGGUACAUGAACCGUGUUCACAUGAACGAGGACAACCCUCACUACCACGAGGAGAAGACCUACAUCUUCAACCAUCGGUGUCGGCUAGAGGAAGGUGUGAACCAGGCCCUGUGGCUGACCAAGAGCAAACUCAUGGGAGAGGGACAGCUUCCAGAGAGGAUACAGGAGCUCGCGUCUCGUCUUGAGAUGCCCGAUAUGGAGGAGAGAGUCUUGAGAUCAAUCAGGAAAUGUCGUCAGUAUGACACGCAGAGCAAACUCAUCCCAGUCGAUAGAUACAGCUACGCACAGAACAUAGAUUUCAUCCGGCUAUGUCAGCUGAUGAGCGGUCAGUAUCCAGGGCUACUACAGAGGGCUCAGUCAGACGGGUACUACGUAGCAGGAUCAUGGCAUAGAGGGGACGAACAGAUCCAGGUGCGUGGACGGUCAGGUCUGCUGGUCUCCUCUACCAGUCCCUUAGAGCGGUUAGCCAGUCCAGAGGAGGUAGCGGAGACGGCCUCUCACACCCUCCCCGACUUCUACCCUCUUGCUCCGACCAUUGACCUUUUGACCCGUAACGUCUACAAGGACAAUCAUAACUUCUCAGGUUUUUAUGAAGGGUCGCCUUUUCCUCAUGCCCACACUCUCUUCAUACAUGAUGCCAGGAAUUGGUGUCGCAAUACGAUGCAGUAUCUCAAUGCUCAGGGACUGAUGUUUGCUUUCGCCAAUGCCAUGUCAAGAGCUAAACUUCAAUAUGGGGCUGAUGCUGCCAUUGACCUUGAUGAACCCAUCGUGACCCAGAGCAUCGUGUCGACGGGGGUCAAGUUCGCCUUCAUCCAAGUUCAGCUGAACACCCUGAACAUGAACUCUAAUGACGGCAUCAAAAACAUGGUCUGGGUCGAUGAAGGGAACGUGAUGUACUCCGAUCAUUAUCCUGUGGUAUUCAGGAUAUUCAAAACCCAUGGCAACCGCCACACCAAGCCUGGUUACAUUAAGAAGAUGCAUCGAAGGGAUCCUGACCUCGGAUGCAGAGAGCUCGACGUAAACGUCUUCCGGAAGUUUCUUGCAUGCUAUGUCAACGGUGCAGCAUGAUACAGAAAUAUAGAUAGUUAGCUUUAAUGUGUGUGUCUAUGUUUAUGUAGAGGACUUUUUUUUAUUCCCUUACAUGUAAGUGAUAUGUAUCAUUAUUGUACAACAUAUUCUCUGACUACAAGUUGUCCCAAUUUAAUUCUAAUGCUAGUUGAAUUUGAUAUAAACUUCCUCAGAAGUUUUCUGGUGUGCUAUGUCUAUGGUGCUGUACGAUUGAGAGGAUUAGCAAUUGAACAAGCAAAAUACAACAGAGUCGAAAUUUCAACAUAGGGCUCAUGUGUGCAGAUUGUAAAAGGUUAAUUCCAGACCAUUCUAAAAAAAAAGUUAGUAUGAAGCCCUGCCUAAAAUCCAUAUAUCUUUGAUAAAAUGAAAGCAGAAGUACAUGCCACUGGAACAAAUCUUGUGGGAGUACGCAUUGGAUCACUUUUAUGACUUCUAGUGCUCCUAUUAUAUUUUUGAAAAAAGUGCUGGGAAGGUUUAAUUGUCUUAAUGUGUCAACGAUAAUCAGUGAUUGAAACUUUGUUUGCAUAUUUGUAUGUGUUUUUUUUUCUUAUGAGAGUCUAAAUGACACUAAGUAAAUAAACUGAUCAUAUCGUGA